AUGUGUCUGACUGUCAUGUGUCUGACUGUCAUGUGUCAGUCCGUCAUGUGUCAGUCCGUCAUGUGUCAGUCCGUCAUGUGUCAGUCCGUCAUGUGUCAGUCCGUCAUGUGUCAGUCUGUCAUGUGUCAUGUGUCUGUCAUGUGUCAGUCCGUCAUGUGUCAGUCCGUCAUGUGUCUGACUGUCAUGUGUCUGACUGUCAUGUGUCUGACUGUCAUGUGUCUGACUGUCAUGUGUCAGUCCGUCAUGUGUCAGUCCGUCAUGUGUCAGUCCGUCGUGUGUCAGUCCAUCGUGUGUCAGUCCGUCGUGUGUCAGUCCGUCGUGUGUCUGACUGUCAUGUGUCUGACUGUCAUGUGUCAGUCCGUCAUGUGUCAGUCUGUCAUGUGUCAUGUGUCUGUCAUGUGUCAGUCCGUCAUGUGUCAGUCCGUCAUGUGUCUGACUGUCAUGUGUCUGUCAUGUGUCUGA